AGUAAAGUCUUUGUUUCAAAAUUGGCUUUUGUUGAUCAAGGUACUUUAAAUGGUGGAACCCAAGUGAAGAACAUGCAUGAUUUUGUUUUACUGUGAUUGAGUUCUACCAAAUACAUCACACGUCUCUGUGUUGAUGCAUCUCCAUUUCCUCCAGAAUUACACAACCUAUUUAAAAUAUAAUAACUGGAUGACCCAUCAAAACAGCUAGAAAAGGUGGCACACAAAACUAGAAUUCACUAACUAAAAAAAAUAGUAGUAUUAGUUUAUAAACAAAUGUACAAACCGCUUAGAUGUUUCAUCUGGAAUAAUCAGCGUGUUAAAUAUGAAAACAAAUCCCUGUUCUUUUAAUCGUGGUUUGACAACACCAUUUUAGUAACCCAGCUAUUCAAUGAUAAUGGAAAUCUGUUGUGUAACCGUGUUACUGUUGUGAUGCAUUUGUGUACUGUCACAUCUGCUCAGAACUAACCCACUUCAUCACAUGAAAGAUUGACUGUUUGGUUUCCAUAACAACAAAAAUCACAUUUUUUUGCUGAUCUGAUUUUAGUCACUCAGACUCAUUCUUAGCCUUUGAAUAGGAAACUCAACGUAACAUUAAAAUCACACUCUAAAAACCUGCUAAAACUCUUUUUAAUGUCUUCAUUUGAAAACUGGCUCUUCGUCGCACGAGUGUUACGUCACCUGCGACACGCCCCCUCGACAGGGUACAGAAUGUACACAUGUGUUCACUCGUCAGUAACAAAUUGUCCUUACACAUCAGUACUAACAUUUCAUCAACGUUUUCAACAAAAAAGCAAACUUAACAACUAAAGCUAAGUAAUUAGCACGCAGUGAGCCGCGGUGUAUGACGGUUAAUACGUUUAAAUGUGGUCACACUGAGUUAAUUCGCUGUAUGUGUGUAUAAGAAAAGGGGGCGUGACCCAUGUUCCCGCUGCUGUGUGUGUGUGUGUGUGUGCAUGUGUUACAUAAACGCUCUGCUUGGUCCGGUUCUGGUUCAGAUGCUGCACGAGUCUUGACUUUAAAACACUCCAACGCUGCUGCUGCUGCUGUUGCUGUUUAACGUUUUUAUUGCACGCAGACGAGUCUCAGGAAGGCUGGACAGAAAGAUGGCGGCUUCCCUGCUGAGAAUGGGACGCCUGGGCUGUGUCACGGCUGAGAGAUGGACUUCUCUAAGAAGAGCACCUGCUGCUGUGGCCUUCAGUACAAAGUCUGGUGGUAACAAGAAGUCAUCGAAAGUCAGCAGCUCAGAUAAAAAACAGGUUAAAACAUACUUCGAUGUAGAAAAACUUGUCCAGCACAAGCCGUUUGAAGCUCCCAAGACAGACGGCUCUCAAGCAGCAGCAGCGGCAGCUGCCGCAACUAAUGCAGUCACAGGAGCAUCAACUGUCAAGACGGAGAUCCUGACAGAAUCUGUACCAGCAGCAGCAGCUGAGCCUACUGCUGAAGUUGCCGCUGAAUCUCCACCCAUUAUGCAAACAGUCACUGAAGCUGUCGUUGAAGCUGCACCCGUGGUCGAGGCUGUGGCUGAAGCUGCACCCGUGGUAGAGGCUGUGGCUGAAGCUGCACCCGUGGUCGAGGCUGUGGCUGAAGCUGCACCGUGGUCGAGGCUGUGGCUGAAGCUGCACCCGUGGUCAGGCUGUGGCUGA